AUGAAUAUUAUCGUUCAAUGUUCACUUUUAAUCGUUUUAUUUGACUCUGUAUUAACUCAACAAGAUGCUGUUACGUGUAGUUCAACAUUUAAAUUAGUAAAUCAACAAUCGGGUGAUAGACUGCAUUCGCACGAAGUUAAAUACGGUUCUGGUAGUGGCCAACAGUCUGUGACAGGCUCACCGAAUGCAGAUGAUGUGAACAGUUAUUGGCAAGUUCAGGGUGAAAACUGUGAGCGAGGAGUACCGAUAAAGUGCGACAGUAUUGUGCGGUUGAUUCAUAUCGCAACAAGAAGAUAUUUACAUAGUCAUGAUUUUACUUCCCCGUUAUCACAUAACCAAGAAGUAUCGGCAUUCGGUGAGAACGGAGUUAGUGAUGAAGGCGAUCGGUGGAAGGUCGUGUGCACAAGUCGAAACGAUUAUUGGUUAAGAAAAGAUGGAAUUCGAUUGCAACAUGUUACUACUGGAAAGUACCUUCAUUUAACUGGUGAUACUUACGGUCGACCAAUUCAGGGUCAAAAAGAGAUUUCUUGUUAUUCUUAUGCUAAUAGUCAAAAUGUUUGGAAAGUCGAUGCCGGCGUUUAUAUUCGUACGUCUUCGGAAUCGGUCUCACCCACUCGUGAUGAUCAAUCCAAUUCACAUUUUCAAUCGACAUCUGCUGAUCAUUUCGAUGAUGAACUUUAA